GGUUUUCUCUGGUUUCCCCCCACUGUCUAAAGACAUGCUAAGGCUAAUUGGAGUUACUAAAUUGCCCAUAGGUGUUAUGUUCCCAUUGAAGCUUAGCUUGACGCUCAGGAGGUCAAAAAACUAUUUCACUCCAAUCUAAUCUCUCUCUCCUACAACCUAUAUCCCCCACCCCCUUAUCAUAAGAAAAGCACCCCAAUAGUGUCCAUCAGAACUACAUUAAAAGUCCUGCUUUUAAACAUUACAGAUCCUAUAAAUCUUAACAUUUUUAAAUCAUAUUUUUCAAACUAAUAAACUUGUACCUUGAAUCAAUAUUAUUUACUAUUAAUUACUCAAAUCAUAUGAAAUGCAUAGGCUCCUAGAGGUGUGCAUGUGUGAAUGUGCCCUGCUAUGGGCUGGCCCCCCAUCCUGGGUUGUUCCCUGCCUUGUGCCCAUUGCUUCCGGGAUAGGCACCAGACCCCCCGUGACCCAGUGGUUUGGAAAAUGGAUGGAUGGACCAUAUUUGAGAUGAUCUUUCUUUAACAUGGGAUGGCACAUAUUAAUAUUAACAUAUUAGUAAAAAGUUCUACAUAAUAAUUAUAAUUCACCACUGUUCACAUUUUUUUUUAUUCUUGUAGAUUCUUAACAUAUGUGGUCAAAAGGGUGAUAUUUAACUUCUAUUUCAUGGCCAUGAUAAUGUGUUAAAUACUGGAUACAGUAUCAAUGUUGGAGGGAACAUUAUUCUCCAUAAUUGAUUCCAAUAUAAAGGAGGAUGGUAACUAUAACAUUAUAGCAUGUAGAGCUUUAACUGUAAGGAGCAGCAUGUGAUUCAGAUUCAGGUACAACUGAAGGACAAAGACUCUUUGCCGCAGUACAGCAGCACCAUAAUUUGUGUCAUACAUUCCAGAUCAGAAUGGCAAUGUAUUUAGCUCUCUGCUGCCAAGUGAUCAGCCUUGCAUCAGUGGAGUACUUUAUUGCAAAGGUAAUGGCAGUAAGAGCUGACAAGGGUCACAGUGCCUGAAUCUCCUUUAAAUCAAGGGAGACAACAGGCAUCUCUGUUUUCACUGUACAAUCUAGGGGAAUUGCAAACUAAACUUGCAGUGUCACUGCAGAAUGAUUCCAAAAUGACAGCUGGCAUAUCAUUGGAGAGCGGCUUCCUCUACCGAAUCUUGGAUUUCAGCCGCAAAGCCCAAGAACGCCACCAAGAAAAGCAAGCAAAACCACCACUCUAUCUGAUAUCACAGAAAUUUAUAUAAUAUUCAAAGAUAUGGCUAAAUAGAGAAAAAUAAUUUUAUAAAUACUUUUAAAGUUUGAUGGUUUAGGACCCAACUAAUGGCAUCACCCUGUCUAGUUGUAAAAAUAUGAUAUAUGUAUGAAUGUGCAAUUGUUUGAAACUUCCUUGACGUAAUUUUAUACUAGAGAUGUUACAUCUCUUCAAAUGCAGGCCAACACAUACAGAGCUUACAUGCCUUUAGGUGUAUUUCUCCACUAAUCAACAACUAAGAUAUGACAAUAAAAGUAACAAUAGAAUAACAAUCAGAAUAAAAUUGCAACUUCCUUGACGUAAUUUUAUACUAGAGAUGUUACAUCUCUUCGAAUGCAGGCCGACACAUAUAGAGCUUACAUGCCUUUAGGUGUAUUUCUCCACUAAUCAACAACUAAGAUAUGACAAUAAAAGUAACAAUAGAAUAACAAUCAGAAUAAUAAUCAAGAGUUUAAACCACGCCCCCUGGUGGAAAUUUUCAUACAAUAAUGGUUAGCAGCAUUCCGUUAUUUUACUAGGCUGAAGUUCGCAGAGAACUCAAUACUGUUUUGACUAUCAGUUCAAACUGAAAUUUUAAAGGAAAAAUAACGCGGGUUUCAUUUAGUAGUCUCUACCUGUACAAUCUGUAAAAAUCGUAAAUUACUGAAGUUUAUACGUUUAUAAAAGAUGGGCAUUAUUUUGCGUGUUUGACGUAUCUCUGGCGAUUAACAAAGUGCGGCGGCUCUUAGAAGGCAGUCCGUGUGUAUAAUAUACAUCCUCUUCAAUCAACUUCUAUUUAUUCUCUUUCUUUUUUCCCGUUCCGAUUCAGGAAAGAAUAGUUUUCUCCUCCAAUAGAACGCUGGCCUGUGUGUGGGAUUCGCUCCCCCGCCCCUCGUGGGCCACCACAGUUCUUCCAGCACUGCGGGCUCCGGGAGGAUGGCGUCUUGUUUGUACUUUUUUAUUUUUCAAAAAAAGUAGGGCGCUAUGAACUACCUUUUUGUUUUAACGCCACGUUCGGAAUAUCUAUUUGACACAAUGUAGCGUAACGGGAUAAUGGAUUGAUCGCUUCGUUUGCAGUUAUUUCAGUAGGCUUUUCAUAAUGGAAUGUAGAAAAAGGAAACGGGCCGUGCGAUGGUUCGCGGUGUGCCUGUUUUGUAACCUUACGGACCUGUUUGUUGCGUCUCUUGAACUAAGUUAUUCCGUAUCGGAAGAAUUACAACCUGGAGCCUUUGUUGGAAAUGUUGUUAAAGAUUUGGGACUGGAUGUUCGGAGUAUUUCCAAGAGGAAACUACGAGUCGUUUCGGAUUCUAACGCCCAGUACUUUGAUGUGAACUCCGCGACCGGAGCGCUGGUAAUUAAAAAGACUAUCGACAGGGAACGCACGUGUGAAUUAAGUUCAACUUGUUCUCUGCACUUUCAGAUCGUACUAGAAAAUCCUUUAGAAGUAAACCGAAUUGUGGUGGAGAUUACGGACGUGAAUGACAACGCUCCGCAAUUCCCCAGCAGGAACAUCUCACUGGAGAUGUCCGAGGCGGCCGCUCCGGGGACCACGUUUCGGCUUCAAAGCGCACAGGAUCUAGAUGUUGGUCUCAACUCACUACGCACUUACUUUUUAAGUCCAAACGAUUGUUAUAUUCUAAAGGUCGAAACCAAGAGCGACGGCAGUAAAUUUCCAGAGUUGGUACUGGAAAAGGCUUUGGACAGAGAAAAGCAAGGCGAAUUUCGCCUCUUGCUCACAGCCGUGGACGGGGGGAAACCAGAAAAAUCAGGUACUACUACGGUCAUUAUUAAAAUACUGGACGUAAAUGACAAUGCGCCAGUGUUCGAUGAGCCAUCGAAAAGAGUAAGUCUUUUAGAAAACUCUCCUCCAGGUACUUUAGUCACUAAACUUAAUGCUACUGAUGCAGAUUCCGGUUUGAACGGGGAGAUUUCAUUUCUGUUUAGUAAGUACACACCAGACCAAGUGCUCAAAUUGUUUAGUGUGGAUGCUAAAACCGGGGAAGUGCGCGUAACCGGCGAGGUGGAUUACGAGAAGGCGGAUGUGUAUGACAUCACCGUACAGGCCCGCGACAGAGGCAGCCCGGCUAUGGAGGGCUCCUGCACCAUUAAAGUUGAAAUCACGGACGUGAACGACAACACUCCCGAGGUGACGAUAACUUCUCUCAACAGUCCCGUUAAGGAGGAUUCAGAACUGGGCACGGUCAUCGCGCUAAUUAACGUUAAAGACCAGGACUCCAGGAAGAAUGGUGAAGUGACUUUGAGGAUUCCUGCUGGAUUGCCGUUUAAAUUGAACUCACCCUUUCAGGGACACUAUACUGUAGUCACCACUGAAGUGCUGGACAGGGAGACAGUGGCCGAAUACACUGUUGUAGUGACAGCUACAGAUUCUGGGUCCCCGCCCCUUUCAUCACAGUCAGCUUUCGUGGUACGUCUAUUGGAUGUGAAUGACAACGCCCCCGCCUUCUCCCAGCCAUCCUACACAGUGGAUGUGACGGAGAAUAAUGCGCCGGGCGCUCUGCUACUCACCUUGUCUGCGUACGACCCGGACGUGGGCGAGAACUCUCGCCUCUCCUUCUCCAUCCUGGAUGGCAUGGUGGAUGGUUCGCCCGUGUCCUCGUACGUGUACGUGGACUCAGAGACCGGGCGUCUCCAAGCCGUGCGUUCGCUUGACCACGAGCAGCUGAAAGCCUUCAGGGUGAAUGUGCAGGUGCGGGACGGCGGCCUGCCUGCCCAGAGCUCCAACGUGACCGUGCAUGUGUUCAUCACCGACCAGAAUGACAACUCGCCUGUCAUCCUGUACCCGCCGGUCCCCAGGGACGGCAACAUGCAGCUGCGGGUGCCACGGUCUGCCGGGGCCGGCUACCUCGUGGGCAAGAUCGUGGGCGUGGACCCGGACAGCGGCCACAACGCCUGGCUCCUCUAUAGCAUCGCGCCCGGGCCACACGCCAACCACUUCCGCAUCGGCCCACACACUGGCGAACUGACGACAGCCCGGAGGCUGAAGGAGGAAGAGGAGGAGGAAGGCUCCAUGUACAACUUCGUGGUAGUGGUGCAGGACAACGGGAAGCCAUCGCUCUCCACCAGCGUGGAGGUCAGCGUGACUGUGGAGGAGAAGAGCUCUCAGGCCGCCCCCGAUACUAGGAGGACGACCAUAGGAGGGGGGAUGGCUGAUUCCAUCCUCUACCUGAUCGUCUCCCUGGCCAGCGUCUCGGCCGUGUGCUUCGUGACGGUGGUGGUGCUGGCGGUGCGCUGCCUACGCCGGGGCGCUGAUCCCGGCUGCGGUACCUCCUGCGAGGACUCCUGCUGCUACAGCCGCCGCAGCCUGCGCUCCCGGCAGGCCCAGCAGCGCUCCCACAAGAACCUCCAUCUGCAGCUCAACACCGACGGGCCCAUCAAGUAUGUGGAGGUGGUGGGGGGUCCCACGGACCCCAACACCCACACCUACAGGCCCUGUUACUCCACCCUGUCGAGCCGCAGUGACUUUGUGUUCGUCAAGACGCCCAUGCUGAGUCACAACAACACACUGAGCAUGACGCUCUCCAGAAAACACUUAAUCGCUGCGCAAGAGCAAAAGCCCCCCAACACUGACUGGAGGUUCUCCCAGAACCAGCGACCUGGACCUAGUGGUUGUUCCAAACUAGAAUCCGCAGAGCUGAGAUGGACAUCAAAUAAGAGAACCAGAGCUGGCGUUCCACCUGAAGGGGCCGUGGGAACCGGACCCUGGCCCAACCCGCCCACCGAGGCUGAGCAACUCCAGGCUCUCAUGGCUGCUGCCAACGAGGUGAGUGAGGCCACUGCCACUCUGGGACCCGGGACCAUGGGCCUAAGCACCCGCUACAGCCCCCAGUUCACCCUGCAGCACGUGCCCGACUACCGUCAGAAUGUCUACAUCCCAGGAAGCACCGCGACCCUGACGGCCAACCCCCAGCAGCAGGCCCUGCCUCCGCCCCAGGCCCAGGCUCCGCCCCCGACCCAGGCCGAGCCCCCCAAGGCUGCCCAGACGCCUGCCAGCAAGAAGAAGUCUGCCAAGAAAGAAAAGAAGUGAGGGGUGGCAGAGAUGAGCUUCAAGCGAGGGGCGGAUGUCCGCGUGUGAGGACACCCGGUUUCAUUCUUUUUUUGGCUGAUUUUUAUUCGUUGUUAGGUCUGUGUUGCAGAGUGAUGUAGUGAGCUUUCACAUUUCUGGACUCAUUUCUGCUUCCUUUUUUUAAACUCACGAGCUAACCUGUAAUGUGCAUAUAUCCUACUAUAUGAAUAUAACAUGAUUUUCUUUUAAUGCUGGUUUAAAAUGGGGAGGGAUUAGGGCAUUGAAGGCAACAUUAAAUCCAGAGGGAUUUUUAUGAGGUAAAGUUCAAAUGAUAAUUGAACAGGGAUGUGAUCUCUUUGCCCUGUGACUCAGUAUUAACAAUGAAAGUUUUUUUUUUUUUUUUUUUUUUUUUUUUUAAACCUAUCGAGAGUGACGCUGACAUUUCCAUUUUUCACGAGGUGCACAGUAGAUGCUUUUCAUGGUGGAAAGAGCGAGCGACGUUUCGGAUUAGAUGACUCUUAGAACAGGCAGAUACGAUGAUAUGUAUCUGCAGACUGAGAACCACAGAAGCUAAACUAUGCAUCGCAGGUGGGGGAAAUGGAUUUUAAUUGGUUGGAGGUUCUUGCCAGCAAUCAAAAAAAAUUUGCAUUAAUACAUAACAAAAAAAUGCAAAUGUCUUGUUAACUUGGAGAAGAGUUUUGGCUUUAAGAUUUUUUUUUUUUAUGUCCUAUUGCAUCGAGAGGAACGUGGAGCAGUUUCAGUGCUGGUGGAUCAUCCUGUCGCUCUGCGUGAGGGGUGUGUGUGCGGGGCUUCCGCUGCUCACCUCGCUGAACGCGUUAGCCGCUUUGCAUGCCAGUCUGCUGCAUGCUGCAGAUCUGACUGCACGCAUCCCUAACAUGAGCCCGAGCUGCUCCGGGGCAGCGAGCUGAAUGCAUGUAGCCGAGCACCCGGCAACUGGAACACACAUCACACGCACCAGUGGGCAGCACUGGUGUAGCUGGGAGCUGGUCUGCUGUAGGUUAAGUAUAGCAUAGCGCUAGCUAGCAUAGAGCUAAGGGACACUGGACCUAGCAUAAUUAUAGAACUGUACAAUGUUUAAUUAGGACUCAGGAUGGGUUUUGGAGCCAAGGCUGUUGGGAAAGUCUGCGUGGGACCACCAGCCCACACCUAAGCAGAUACUGGGCCUCGUCUUGGCCCAGAAACCCUGCAUUGGGCCAAAAGACCCGGUCGCCUCCGUCCACCUGAUCAAUGACAGAACUGAGGCCUCUCCUCCACACCAUUCCGAGUAUGUAACCAUUUCCCCCCAUUCCAUCAUUGUGCCCCCCCAAUGUAAAUAUUACCAUUUCUUUUCAGAGCCAGAUGUCUGUAUGAAUCACAUUUAAUAAUUCGAUGUUUAAAAAUGAGAGCCCUUUUCAGUGUGGCUUACUACUGGAAUGUGUUACGUUUUUAAUUUAGAAAACGGAAAAAAAACGGAGACGUUCUUCGAUCUAAGUGUAGUCAUGUAGUAACUAAGCACCCAGAGGACUGAUUAACCCCCCCAGUGUAAAUAAGAAAAAUAUAGAGUAGAAACCUGUGACUUGUGUUUUCUCAAUUUUAACUAAGAUUUAAAAAACAACAAAAAAAAACGCAUUUGUAUCCAUAUGAAACCUAUUUCUGUGUUUGUGAUUUCUCUUUUUGUGUUUGUCCUGCUGGAAUGCCACUAUCAUAGACAUAAAUAUAUAGAUGUGCGUGUGCUGAUAAGCUUGUCCAUACUCUACAGAAAUAUCUUUCUAUAAAAUGCUUAGAUCAGCGCUCCUGUGUUACACUUAUUUUAUAUGCUAAUAUUUAUGUUGCCGUUCUACUUUUUCUUGAACACUGACAUUUCAAAUAAAAGGUUCCUCUGAAAUGUU